CUGACAAGCUUCCUGCAAACAACUCGCUGAGUUACACAAACGUAGAAGAGACCGGAGUGCAUUUGGAUUAUUUCAACCUCUCAUUUUGGGAAUGUGUAAUGUUUCUGUGAAGAUGCAUUGAAGACGAAGACAAGAUGGAAGUGGAGGAGACAGUUGAAACGAGGACUUCCUGGUCCACAGCACAAGGGGAGGCACACUCUAUCCCCUGUGACCAUGCCGGGAAAAAGAGAAAACAAGACCCGGCACCUGGACCUGCGAUCAGAAUCAACGAGGAUGAAGAGGAAGAUGAGGAUGAUGAGAUGAUGUCCGAGCACAUGAGGGAUUCAGAGGAGCCCAGUAAUAAAAGGGUGAAACCUGUGGUGAAGUCAAAUAGCCUAACAGGCGUCAUAACCCCGGUGAAGACCCCUGCUCUGAAACGCAUAGGACAGUCCAUUUCGCGGUCUAUUAGCUUUCGUACAGAGGCUCGACCUUUGCCCCCGGCUGCCAUGCGCCCUCGCACAAAGGCCUCUUCUUUUCCACGCCGACGCAACAGCCAAUGCUGGAGCGACACUGUGGAGAGCCAUGACCUCACUGCAAAGGAGAUCAAAAGACAAGAGGUGAUCUAUGAGCUGACUCAGGGGGAGAGACAACUCAUUGAUGAUCUCAGUCUGGUCAAGAAGGUGUACUAUGAACCCAUGCUGAAGUUGGACAUCCUGACAGAGAGUGAGCGUGGACAGAUCUUUGGUACGCUGGACUCUCUCAUUCCUCUCCAUCAAGAUCUUCUGAGUCGCCUUGAGCGGCUGCGGGGAUCAGAGAAGACAGUCGGGCAGGUGGGGCCUACUCUAAUGGACUGGUUUCCUUGCCUUGAGGCCUAUGUUACGUACUGCUGUAACCAGGUGGGCGCUAAAGCCCUGUUGGACCAGAAGAAGCAGGAAAAGCCGGUGGAGCACUUCCUGCGCCUUUGCCAGGAGUCCUCGUUCAGCAGGAAACUGGACCUCUGGAACUUCCUGGAUCUUCCUCGGAGCCGCUUGGUGAAAUACCCCUUGCUGUUGAAAGAGAUACAGAAGUGCACGCCUCCAGAGCACCCGGAUGAGGACUCAUUGCCUGAUGCUUUGGACAUAAUCCAGAGCAUCGUGGCUGAGGUCAACAAGAAGACCGGAGAGGCGGAGUGCCAGUUCUACAGGAGGGGUCUCGCAUACAUUGAAGACAGCCAGAGACUACAAGAGAUUCAGCUGUCCCGCUUCCUCUACUGCCACGGAGAGCUCAAGAACAACAAGGGCCAGCGGCUGCAUGUAUUCCUGUUUGAGCUGGCCCUGGUGCUAUCAAGGCCGACGGAGGACAAAGAUGGAGGUCAGGUGUUUCAUGUCUACAGACAGCCUCUGCCCAAUUACUUGAUAAACCUGGAGGAGAUCCCAGAUGGGGAGCCUGGUGGAGGGGGGCCCUUCAGGGGAGCCUUUACUGGAGGAAAUGACAAAGUGAAGAACUGUUUCCGUGUGAGCAGCAGGGGGCGCUCCAAAGCUCACCCUUACAGCCUGCAGGCCAACGACUCCUUCAGCAAGCAGCAGUGGAUCACCUGUCUGCGGCGGGCCAUCGUCCAGUCCCGGGACAGGACCACUCUGAGCAACCAGUCACAGCUCUGCCUCCCCCCCGACCCCAUCCUGUGUCACAUAGCCGACCUCAGCCUCAGCUCGGACACAGACAUGGCCGACCAUAACAGUCGCUGAAGACCAGGAGGCCCGGGGAGUGUCUUUCUAUCUGUACAUUGACAUUGGAGAGAAUAAAAUAUGGACUGUUAGUGAAAGAUCAUUGUGCUUGGACAGACAUAUAGAAUUUCCUGCAUGGAUUUUGUAUUUUCUUGCAUUUGCUGAAGUAUUGUGUAUUUGUGGUGAUGAUAACUGUACAGCUUGAGAACAGUAUUUUCUGAAUGUGAAUUUACAGCGUAAAACUUUUCCAUAGAUUCUUUCUGUUUAAUUUUUUACUAAAUAAACUG